CCGACCCGCAACUUGCACACACACGCACACAGACUCUCAAUACCUAAUUCCCUCUCCCGUCAUCCUCGUUGUUAAUUACCAUCUGACUAGCCUUGACAACCCUGUAUUCCUUCUCAAUAUCGCUCAUCAUUAUGACAAAACAUACUUCUACGGUUAUGGCUACUCCAGAUUCCCGUCCUGCGCGGCACAUGUCAGAAUCUGACCAUGAAGACGACCAUGACCACGAGAUGGACCAUGAAGACAAUGACAUUGAUGAUUCUCAACAAUAUCUUGGAGGCGCUAGCAGUAGUGGAUCUACUCCCAUCAAACGUAAAAGGCUCACUCAAGCAUGCGACCCUUGUCGAAAGAAAAAGAUCAAGUGCGAUGGUAUCAAGCCUAGUUGUGCCAACUGCGCGAAACUCGACAUCCAUUGCACAUAUCUACCCUCAAUGAAAAAGCGCGGUCCACGUCAAGGAUACAUCGAAUUGCUCGAGAAGAGACUCGAUAAGAUGGAAAAGAUGUUACAACAUGGUCCUGCCGUUAUCGAUACAGAUUUCAUAGAUUCAAAUAUCUCCAAUCGCCGGCGAGGAUCUCUCUCAGAUGGUGAUAGUGAGACUACUGAGACAUCCUGUAGUCGACAAGAGUUAUCUGAUCCAAGCCAACAUACCAAACUACGACCAGAUCAAAGCCCUCUGACCAGGACAAAGAGACCUAUCUACGGUAUCAAGGAUGAGGUCCCACGUAAAGACAUCCUCGAUCAUCUUAUUCAGCUCUUCUUCGAUUCAGUUUACUACCAAUUCCCCGUCAUUCACCCUGGAUCAUUCAUGAAGCAAUAUCGCGAGGGCAAAGUCUCACCCAAUCUACUCAAUGCGCUCUGUGCGGGCGUCGCUCGAUUCUCGAAUCACCCCGAUGUUGUUACCACCCCAUCAUUUCUGGCUGGCGAGCCUUUCGCCACUAAUGUUAGAGCAUCAUUGAUUGAUUCUGUGGAUGUACCUACAGUCUCAAAUGUUCAAGCGCUGCUAUUCUUAUCCAUGUUUGAAUAUGGGGCUGCCAGAGGCCCGAGAGCAUGGAUGUUUGGUGGCAUGGCUAUCCGCAUGGCGCAGGAACUCGGCUUGAAUCGUGAGGACAGUAGUCCGGUGUUUAACCUCAAGGGUGAUUGGGUACUGCGCGAAACAAGAAGGAGGACCUUUUGGGCCUGCUUCAUUAUGGAUGUGCUUGCAUCAUCAUCAUCGGGUCGACCAAGGAUGAUCGAUGAGCGGGAUUGCGAGGUACUGUUGCCAAGUGAAGACAAUGCCUGGCAUGAAGCUCGACCUGUCGUUACAGAGAUGUUGGAGGAGGAGAAUGAUUCCGAGGGACUUUCCUCAGUGAAACAUGAGACAGAUGCAGAUGAUACAGGCUCAAAUAAUGCACCAGAUUCUUGGCCUGGGACAUCAACUAAAAAGAAUGGCUCUAGCAGUGCCCAACCAUCAAAAGAAGACGAAGCAAGUCAAAAAUGCCAUAGUCUGAGCUCGUUUGCAUAUCUGAUUCGUAUCCUUGCAAUACUCGGUAAAGUCUCACAAUACGUGAAUCGCCCGCGAACUAAAAAGUCAAUUCCACCAAACGAGCCAGGAUCUGAAUUCGCCAUUAUCGAUGCUGCUCUGGCUGCAUGGCUCCAGUCAGUUCCAUCUCAAUUUGGCUAUUCACCGGAUAACACCAGGAUGCUGAAGGAUAGAGGCGAAGGGUGUAUCAUCAUCUUUAUGCAUGUCGUGUACCAUACUUCUGUAGUUUUACUUCACCGACCUAUCCUUGCUGCUGACAAAGCUAGUUUUCCUAUGGACCCCGAAUUUGUCGAAAACUCUACUAAACGUUGCGCUGAAGCUGCGGCCAAAGUAUCAGAGGUACUUGAAUUUGUUACUGCACAGAAUUAUCCUCCACGGAUCUAUAUCUCGUCGUUUUUCGCCUAUCCCGUCUUCACUACUGCCACAAUUCAUAUCACGAAUGCUUUUGCAUCCGAUCCUGCCAUUGCAGCAAAAGCUCGACGUAACCUUAGCAUCCAUGUUAAGAUUUUGCAGACCAUGAAGACAUAUUGGGCCAUGGCUGACAAAUUUUUCUACAUCAUUCGUGAUCUAUACUCCAUUCAAUCCAAAAUAAGUUCAUCUGCUAAUGGUGGCAUAAUUGUACCACAAGUCGUGUCUCACAAUCCGUAUAGCUCUAGCCGCAAUUAUGCAGCAGAUAGUGAAGUUAAUCCGACGAAGAACAAAGAAGCCUCUCGGACCCGUGGCAAAAAUGGCAAAAAUGACGAGUCUAGUCGUGCUGGGUUAGAGGGUGAUUCACCCGCGCCGCGCAUGGUGGUCAACAGUAAGCUGGCCUCUAUUAGCUCCUUCUUGAAAAGUGAUUCCGGAUUGAUUGCGCUCUGGCGUCGCGCAACUGAGAUGCAGGUUAUUGACGAAGCGAAUCAACAAAAGCGGCGAAUCUUAGCCACAGAGGAUACCAAUAAAAACCAGUCUAGUACUUCGCAAAUUGACAAUACAAAAGAUCAAGAGGAAAAAGAACAAAAGGAGCGCCUUCAACGCAUGAACCAGCUCGAGAUACAAGAGAUUAAUCAAGAAUUCGAGCGACAGCGAAAGGCAAAGAUGUUGGAGGAACAACAGCAGCAGGUACUUAGUAACAAGGAUUGUGAGACCUCGGAGUCUCAAUUAGUAGAGAAGCGGCAGGCUGAAGACAACGAGCCUUCACAUCUUCGAGCUUCUAAGCAGGCCAGAGUUACUAAGACUCUAGUCGCAACCGCAACCGUAGCCACAGCUCCGCAGCCAUCACAUGCUCCAAACCAAACACCUCUCUCAAACUUAUCUUCCGUUGGAUCCCUUGACGGCAGUGCUAAUCCUACAUGGUCUCCAGGGCUUGAGCAAAGUCCAGCACAACCCAUGACUCCGCUAAAAUCGAACUCUAAUAGUAACAUGACAUACCGACACACCGUGCUUCAGGGGCCAGAUCAGCUUCAACAGUUUCAAGGACGGGAAGGCUACAUCAUGCAGCCAUUGCUGGUUCAGACAAGCGUACCGUCUUUAGCCUCGGCUGCUAAAUCCGAUAUGAAUCAACACUUGUUGAACGUAUAUACGCAACAGCAUCAACAGCAAGAGGCUUUAUCCCAAGCCAUUGAUAUGAGACAAAAUGCCAACAUCCAAAAGCAACAGCAGCGACUCCAGCAACAGCGGCAGCAGGCUCCAGUAUCAUCGUCUUUAGCAUUUGGGCCGCCUGGAGGCUUAAACACCUCACUCAUUCCCUCAGUAUCGGCAUCGGUCCAACAGCAGCAAAUGGCCCAAUACCAACCUCAACACCAGCAUCAACAACGGCAUCAACAUCAACAUCAUCAACAACCAGGAAUGGCCCCUGGGUCAGGGUUUGGCCCCCCAUUGGUGUAUGGUAGCAGCUACAGCCAUAACCAGUCUUCAAGGGCGCAAGCAGAGAUGGCAGAUUCAAUCUUUGACUUUGCUAUGCCUCUGGGUGAUUUGAACUUUUUGUCAAGUUCAUUCCAAAUGACUCCUAUGAUGAUGCACCAAAACUCUAUCAAUAAUAACAGCAGUGUCAGCAGUAGUGCUGCUAUAGGGGUCAGUACGUCAUUAUCGACUAUACCUUUACGCUCUGCACACGGACCACUGACAGCAGAUACGAACUCUUCACCGUCUGCACCCAGUCCUGUAGGCUCAACGACCUCAUCCUCAGCGGCAUCCAUGCUUAUGCCAGGUCCUGAGCCAAGUACGGAUCUUUCGCCUGUUAGGGGUCGCGCUGCAUCCGAUUCUAAGAGCCCGCCGACUUCUACUCAAAACAAUAUAUCACCAGGACUUCAUUCGUUCAUGAUGUCGGACGAGGCGUUCUCUGAUAUGCAGUCAACUCCGGAUUCGCUGGUUCGAUAUCUAAACAUUCACCAUGAGCAGCUGCGCCAAGAAAUGCAGCUACAGCAACAGGAUAUUCAUCCUGUUCUGAACCAGCAAAACUCGCUCAUCUAUGAUGACUAUUUUCAUUUGAGUCAACUCUUGCCUAAUACAGCAAAUUUAACGCAGCAAGGGCAGUUGGCGGCAUUGCAUCAUUUACAAACACAGCAACACCAACAGCUGCUCCAGCAACAACAGCAGCAAGCUCGGCAAAAGCAACUUCAGCCGCUCCAGCAGCAGCAGCAACAACAACAGCCUAUGACGACUAUGAGAAUGGAGAUGGAUACUUCAAUUGUUGGUCGUCCCUCUGUUCAUACAUCUAUUCCCUCAUUCCAAUAGACAACUCUGCAUAACUUCUAUAUGCCUCACGUAUAUCUGUACCAUAAGCCAUUCCAUUGUUGAAGCACUAAACCACUUGUAUUAUCAUUUAUACACUGAUAUCAGU